AUGGGCAAGAGAAGAGCCUCAUCCGAACCCCCCUCGUCAGACCCAGCUGGGAAACGGCCCCGGAGAGAUACAAGAGCCUUACAUGAAAACCCCACCAGACUAUCGAAUCAACUUGACUCCGAAUCCACUUCCGAAUCCGAUAACAUCACAGAAAUAUGCGCUGAAGAAAUUACCGUCGCGAUUUUCUGCGCGCUCCCGUACGAGGCUGUCGCUGUGAGAUAUAGCCUCGAUGAAGAAUACACAUGCCAUCCGAGAUCCAUAGGACCACCGAAAUAUGUCUACUCUUACGGUCGGAUCAAACAUCACAAGGUGGUAAUCGCCCGACCGCAUUAUAUGGGAACCGUACAGGCUGGUCAUUGUGCUAGUGCAGUUCGGCAACAAUUUGUUAAUGUACAGUUUGCUCUCGCGGUGGGGACCGGGACCGCGGUUCCCAAUACCUCAUCGCGAGAUAUUCGUCUUGGAGACGUGGCAGUCGGCCUCCCGCGCGACAACCAUCCCGGGAUCAUUCAAUUCGAUUUCGGGAAAUAUGAGCAAGGGGCAUUCCGCCUGAAAGGUUGCCUUAACAAGCCCCCUGCAAUUCUUAUCAGCGCAGACGGAUCAUUAGAAGAGGACGAAGAAAUGGGCAGUAGCCGACUUGGAAGGUUCUUGAGGCAUAUUACGCGGAAUUCACAAUAUGGAUGGCCUAAGAUGUGCGACGUUCCUUUGGAGCAGCAUUUGAUUGGCAUAGGGAAAGCAACUAUUUGUCGCGAAUCCGCGCCAACCUGUGAUAAAGAGCUUCUCUUGGCCCAAGAAUUCCGAAUGCCUGUCGUACAUCGCGGCCUGAUUCUCUCAGGAAACGGGAUAGUUAAUAACAUUCGAGACUCGGACAUAUUCCACCGAGGGUAUAAAGAUGCAUUAUGUUUCGAAACAGAAAGCGCAGGAAUCAUGGACGAACUUCCGUGUCUUGCUAUCCGAGGAAUCUGUAGUUAUGCAGAUACUCGCGGGCGAAGCGGAUGGGAGCGACAUGCGGCUGCGGCUGCGGCUGCUUACUGCAAGACUUUGCUCUACAAGGUUCCUGGGCAAACGAACGAAGAUACAAAGGCAUUGCCAAGGUUGAGUAAGACAGUCGAUCAGCUCUCAAACCAAAUAAAGUGA